GUGGUGAAAUCGAGGCCAGGAAUCCCACAAUACCAGGCGAAGGAGCUCCUUUCGGGGGCUGAGCUUGUGGUUUUAAUCAAAGGGAAGGGAGAAGAAGCGAUGCAGAGACAUGUAAGAUGGCAGAGUUACAAAUGUUGUUAGAGGAAGAAAUUCCAGCCGGCAAACGAGCCCUGGUGGAGAGCUACCAGAACCUCACCAGGGUAGCGGACUAUUGCGAAAGCAAUUAUGUUCAGGCCCAGGACAAGCGGAAAGCCCUGGAGGAGACCAAAGCCUACACCACCCAGUCCCUGGCGAGCGUGGCCUACCAGAUCAAUGCCUUAGCCAACAAUGUGCUGCAGCUGCUGGACAUCCAGGCGUCCCAGCUGCGCAGGAUGGAGUCCUCCAUCAACCACAUCUCCCAGACUGUGGAUAUCCACAAGGAGAAGGUUGCCAGGCGAGAGAUUGGUAUUUUGACGACGAACAAGAACACAUCGAGGACCCACAAAAUCAUCGCCCCUGCCAACAUGGAGAGGCCGGUGAGGUAUAUCCGGAAGCCCAUAGACUACACCGUGCUGGAUGACGUGGGCCACGGGGUCAAGUGGCUGAAAGCGAAGCACGGGAACAACCAGCCGGCCAGGGGAGGAACACUAUCAAGGACCAAUCCACCGACGCAGAAGCCGCCUAGCCCGCCCAUGUCUGGGCGUGGUACCCUGGGACGGAACACACCUUACAAAACUCUGGAGCCCGUCAAGCCCCCCCAGGUUCCCAAUGACUACAUGACCAGCCCCGCCCGCCUGGGUAGCCAGCAUAGCCCGGGCCGCACCGCCUCCCUCAACCAGAGACCCCGAACUCACAGCGGCAGCAGUGGGGGCAGCGGCAGCAGGGAGAACAGCGGCAGCAGCAGCAUCGGCAUUCCCAUCGCAGUGCCUACACCCUCCCCUCCCACCAUGCCACCAGCGCCGCCCAUGUCCGCUCCCCCGGGAGCCCCUCCACCUCCUCCCCCCCCUCCUCCUCCACCCCCGCUCCCCGGCCAGGGCCCCCCCAUGCCAGCGUCUGCGAUAGCAGUGGCCCAGGGGCCCGGCCCAGGCCCCGUUCCCAUGUCCCAGUUCGGCACGAUAUCCCGGCAGAUGUCCCGGCACAACUCCGCCACCUCCUCCGUCUCCACAGCGUCGGCCACGGGGACGUACCGCCGCGCCCCCUCCGUCACAUCCCAGUUCACCGCUCAGCAGCCGCACAUUAACGGCGGCCCCCCCGUGUACCCCCAGAACUCAAUGUCUAUCGCCCCCCCUCCUCCCCCCAUGCCCCAGUUGACUCCACAGAUACCCCUCACGGGCUUUGUUGCCAGGGUGCAGGAGAACAUCGCGGACACGACUGCCCCCCCUCCCCCGCCUCCCCCUGACGAUGUCCCGAUGUUCGACGACUCUCCGCCCCCUCCCCCGCCCCCGCCGGUGGACUACGAGGAUGAGGAGGCGGCCGUGGUGCACUACAGCGACCCCUACGCCGACGGCGACCCUCAGUGGGCUCCCAAGACUUACAUCGAAAAAGUGGUGGCCAUAUACGACUACAGCAAGGACAAGGACGACGAGCUGACCUUCAUGGAGGGCGCCAUCAUCUACAUCAUCAAGAAGAACGACGACGGCUGGUUCGAGGGCGUGUGCAACGGUGUGACUGGCCUUUUCCCGGGGAACUACGUGGAGUCCAUCAUGCACUAUGCCGAUUGAAGGGACCACUGUCAUUGUCAUUCCUAGGCUGCAAAGAAAGAAAGAAAAAAAAAAAAAAAACAAAUCUGGCCUAUACAGCAGAGAUAAGUGCAUUAGGAUAUGACAGAAUGUUUGUUCCUUAUUGAAUUGCAAUUUAAAAAAAAAAAAAGAGAAAUAUCUAUUUACUAUGUUAUUUUUUUGUUGUGGGCAGAUUGGGGGAAUUAUAAGGUGUUACUAAGAUGAAAAUACAAUGAUGUGGUUGUCGCUGCAACAUACUUAUUUCAGACAGUUGUCCUACGACUUCAUUGUACAUAGUGUGAGCUGCUGCCAGUAGGUUGUCGGUUAGUGUUUUUCCUGUUAACGUCAAUCACAGUAUCCUGACCAGUCAACGCCGCAGGUGAACAUGUUAAUGUAGGGACUGUUUUUGUUAUGAAUCAGG